AUGCCAAAUGUGUCAGACCUCGCAUCAAAGGCAUCCAAGGUAACUAUCUUUGCAUAUAAUCAUAUGGUUUUCUUAUCAUGGUUGAGGAGGAGACCGAGUUGGAAAGAAAUAGUGCGUCCUGGUGCCACAAGAUUUGCUACGACAUUUAUUACAUUGCACAGCAUAUAUAUGCAUAAAAAUGACUUGCAGGCUCUGGUUGUUGAUAAGCAUUUUGUGGACCAUAGAUUAUCAAAGACUGAGGCAGGGAAAAAUUUUAGUGCAAUCAUUUUAGAUAACCGGUUUUGGAAUGACUGUUAUCAAGUUGUGAAGAUUGUAUCUCCUCUCAUCAAAUUAUUGAGAAUUGUGGACUCAGAUGAGAAGCCUUCAUUGCCUUACGUUUAUGAGGGGAUGAGAAGGGCAAAAAUAGCAAUUAAGGAGAUGUUUAAGAAGAACAAGGAAUUGUAUAAGCCUUACACAAGAAUCAUUCAAACUCGAUGGGAUAGACAUCUGAAGACCAAUCUUCAUGCGGCAUCGUAUUUGUUGAAUCCUGCAAUUACAUAUGGUCCAGAUUGUCCUAGCAAGUCAAAGUUAAUGAUGGCUUUGAUUGAUGUGGUUGAGUCUUACUCAGAUGAAGAUAUUGAUGGCUUCCUAGUGAUGAAACAAGCGACUACUUAUCGCGAAGGCAAGGAAUCUUUUAGCAGGCCUUCAUGUCAAAAAGCUGCUCAAAAACUAGACCCCUAUGAAUGGUGGACAUAUUAUGGUUGUUCAGUUCCAGAAUUGCAGCGUGUUGCAAUGCGCAUUCUUAGUCAAACUUCUGCUUCUUCUGGUUGUGAGAGGAAUUGGAGCUUAUUUGAAAGAAUUCAUACGAAAAGAAGAAACAGAUUGGGACAUAAAAGACUGAAUGAUUUGGUUUUCACCAAUUAUAAUCUGCGAUUGAAGCAUAGGAGUACAUUGAAGAAGAGCAAAAGUUAUGAUCCAAUUGACUAUGAAAACAUUGAUAUGGUGGAUUUUUGGGUGGCUGAAGAAGAUCCCACUCCGGAGUUUGAUGAUAGAGAUGUGGAUACAUUGGAAAACGUCCUUAACAAUGACGGCACUGCUAAUUCAACAACUCUUGAGAGUGCUAAUGAAGGUGAUGAAGAUAUGAACAUUGCUGACCCUCCACCUUUACAAGAUGAUGUUGUUGCUCCUGCUUUUCCUUGUCCAGCUAUUGACAUCUCAGCCCAUGCAAAUGAUUUUAGUGAUGAUUUUGAUUUUCCCUAG